AUGGCUCCCAUAAAGCGUGGCGCCGACAACGACCACGCCGGCCCCAAAAAAUCGAAGCACACUGCCGACGAGCGCGCCGCAAAGCGCCAGCGGAAGUCCGAUGUCUCCCCGAACGACUCCAAGCCGAAGCCUGUAGAGAAGGCGCUUCCCGUUGCGUCUGUGUUGAAGCAGGAGGAGCAGUCUUUUCCCCGCGGUGGUGCCAGCGUCCUCACGCCUUUGGAGCACCGCCAGAUCCAGAAUGAAGCUGCCCGCGACGUCCUUUUCGAGCAAUCAACCAAGAAGACGGGCAAGAGUGGAGACGGCGACAACGAUGUCGACAUGGAGGAUGCCGAGGGGCAGAAGGCGACGAAGAAGAAGAGGAAGUCCAAGGCUCGGAAGAGCGAUGCUGCUGAGAAAGAGGAGGCAGGAAUCAAAAUCGAGGGCCUGAGCUACAAGCGCGUGGCGCCCGGCUCAACCAUCCUCGGACAGGUCACGCAAAUUACUUCCCGCGAUAUUGCCCUUGCGCUCCCCAACAACCUGAUCGGAUUCGUUCCCUUGACUGCGGUUUCCGACCAAUUCACCGAGAGAAUCGAAGCCCUGCUGGAUCAGGACGAGAAGGAGGACGCCGAGGCUUCUUCGGAAGAAGACGACGUGGAGCUGAAGAACAUUUUCAGACUCGGCCAGUACUUGCGUGCUGUCGUCACCUCCACCGGCGAAGACUCUGCCAAGGGCAGCCAAAAGAACAAAAAGCGCAUCGAACUCUCGGUGAAGCCUCAAGAUUCGAACAACAGGAUAUCCAAGUCGGAUCUCGUGCCGAACGCAAUGGUGCAAGCUUCAGUUGCUAGCGUGGAAGACCACGGUUUGGUCAUGGACCUUGGUUUGGCCGAUGGCAGCAUCAAGGGUUUCAUGUCUUCAAAAGAGGUCGGCCAUGCCAUUGAUCACACCAAGAUUGAGAAGGGCGCGGUUUUCCUUUGCAUGGUCACUGGCGUGAGCUCCAAUGGAAAGAUUGUGAAGUUGUCGGCCGACUUUCAAAAAGUCGGCAGCGUCAAGAAGUCCAAUUUCCUUACUGAAGCCCCCACCGUCGACGUAUUCGCCCCCGGAACUGCAGUGGAAGUCCUCGUCACCGAUGUCACUGGAAGCGGCUUGGCUGGAACCAUCAUGGGUUUGAUCGACGCUACGGCUGAUAUCGUACAUGUUGGUGCGAGUUCAACUCAGCAAGACCUCACCACCAAGUACAAAAUCGGCGAGAAAGUGAAGGCUAGAAUCAUCUGCACCUUCCCUGGUGAGAAUCGUCGCAAGCUGGGCGUCUCGCUCCUUGACCACGUUCUAUCGCUCUCAGAACGCCAGUCUGCUGAUUCCAAGACUCCACUUGAUGUGCUUCCCUUGUCUUCCAUCGUGGAGGAGGCCAAAAUCACCAAAAUCGAGCCAAAUCUCGGGGCAUUCUUGGAUGUUGGUGUUAAGAGGGUGCCUGGUUUCGCCCAUAUUUCCAGGCUUUCCGACGACAAAAUCGACACUCUGUCGGAAAACACCGGUGCCUACAAGCUCAACUCGACACAUCGCGCCCGUGUGGUUGGCUAUAACUCUAUUGACGGCCUCUACAUCAUCUCGCUUGAGAAGAAGAUUCUUGAUCAGCCUUUCCUUCGUGUUGAGGAUAUCAAAAUUGGAGAGGUCGUUAAAGGCAAGGUCGAGAAGGUUACGAUUACUGCCAGAGGCUCUGGCGUUGUCAUUGUCAACCUUGCAGAUGGAAUCAACGGCUUGGUUCCGGAGACUCAAAUCGCCGACGUCCAUCUUCAACACCCGGAGAAGAAAUACAGAGAAGGAGUGGCGGUUACUGCGAGAGUACUGUCAACCGACCCUGAAAGGCGCCAGACUCGUCUCACGUUGAAGAAGACUCUUGUCAACUCUGAUGCUCCCGUCUGGGCUGACUAUUCCGACGUCCAGAUCGGCGAACAAGCUCCUGGAACCAUCAUCAAGAUUCUCCCCGCCGGCGCGAUUGUACAGUUCUACGGGGAACUCAGAGGUUUCCUCCCUGUUUCGGAGAUGAGCGAGGCUUACAUCAAGGAUCCUGCUGAACAUUUCCGCAUCGGACAAACGGUCACCGUGCACGCCCUCUCCGUCAACGCAGAGGACGACAAGAUGACUUUGUCCUGUAGGGAUCCUGCUUCCCGCACGACAGCUCAGCAAGAAGGCUUCGACUCUUUGUCGAUUGGAAGCAUCGUCAAGGGAGUAGUUUCCGAAAAAUCCGAGAAGCACAUCACCGUAGAGCUCGAGGGUACAAUCAUUAAGGGAACUGUCAAACUUGGCCAGCUUACGGACGGCACCGAGAAGAAGGAGGAGUCUAGAAUGAAGAGAAUCAAGGUCGGACAGACUCUUGAAGAUCUCGUCAUUCUUUCCAAGUCGGACAAGAGGCCCGUGGUUACGCUCUCCAACAAGCCCAGCCUCGUCGCUGCCGCCAAGUCGGGAACCUUGCCCGCUACGUUUGAAGACGUCAAGGAGGGUCAGACAGUUUGCGGUUUUGUCCGCAACAUUGACGAUCAGCGUGUCUUCGUUGAGUUUGCCGGUGGUCUGGUUGGUUUACUGCUGAAGUCCCAAAUGAAGGAGGAUAUGCAGAAGACGGUCGGGUACGGCCUUCAGAAUGACUCUUCGGUCACCGGUCGUGUCCUCAACGUUGAUGAGAGACAACGUCGCUUCCUCAUCACGAUGCGAGACGCUCACUCUGACGAGAAGUCCUCGUCUAAGACCUCAAAGGGCCCCGUGACUGACGAUUCGCUGAUCAACCCCGUCGACGAGAGCUGCAAGUCCAUCUCUGACCUUUCAUUCGGCAAACUUACCACCGCACGCAUUACUUCAGUCAAGGAGACCCAGCUGAACGUGCAGCUUGCUGACAACAUCUCUGGCCGUGUUGACGUGUCUGAGGCGUUCGAUGACUAUGACCAUAUCAAGGACAACAAGCAUCCUCUCCGUCAAUUCAAGCCUAGGCAGAACAUCCCAGUCAGGAUCAUUGGAAUCCACGACGCGAGAAAUCAUCGCUUCCUUCCCAUCUCGCACCGCACCAGCAAGGUUCCGGUAUUUGAGCUGACGGCUAAAGCUGUCAAGCUGUCCAAGGAGUCAGAUCUUCUCACCCUAGACAAGGUGGCUGUUGCCUCUUCGCACAUUGCUUUUGUCAACAACAUUGCUCAGAAUUGCGUUUGGGUCAACAUCACUCCAAACAUCCGCGGUCGCAUUGACUUCAUGGAUUUGGCGGAUGAUGUUUCUCUUCUCAACGACGUUGCGGCGAACUUCCCCGUCGGCUCAGCGAUCAAGGUUCGGGUAAAGAAUGUCGAUGUUUCAGCCAAUCGUCUCGAUCUUACCGCGACUUCGGACUCCACAGUCAAGCCUACCACGCUCAAGGACCUUACUCCUGGCAUGAUCCUUCCCGGUCGUGUGACGAAGGUGUCGGAACGCAGCAUCAUGGUUCAACUCAGCGAAACCGUUUCUGCGCCAGUGACCCUCACGGAGUUCACCGACGACUACGCGCAGGCCAAUCCUACCAUCUACAGCAAGAAUGACAUCGUUCGUGUUUGCAUUCUCGACGUCGAUGCGCCCAACAAGAGGGUUCAUGUUACGAUGAGACCGUCCAAGAUUCUCAGUUCUUCGCUCCCAGUCAAGGAUCCCCAGGUUCCCAAUAUCAGGCAGCUUAAGGUCAACGACGUCGUGCGUGGUUUUGUCAAGAAUGUGGCUGAGAAGGGCUUGUUCGUUAGCCUUGGCCCCAGCGUGACUGCCUUCGUCCGCAUCUCCGAUCUCUCUGACUCUUUUAUCAAGGACUGGAAGUCAGCGUUCGAAGUUGAUCAGCUAGUCAAGGGCAAGGUCCUCCAGGUCGAUCCUCUAUUGAACCACGUGCAGAUCUCGCUCAAGGCCAGCAUGCUUGACAAGGACUACGUCCCGCCUGUCACGUUUGAGGAUAUGAAGGCUGGCAUGAUCAUCACUGGAAAGGUUCGCAAGGUUGAGGACUUCGGUGUCUUCAUUGUGGUCGACAACUCAAAGAACGUCAGUGGUCUGUGCCAUCGCAGUGAGAUCGCCGACCAGAGAGUUGAGGAUGUGCGGAAGCUAUACACGGAGGGUGAUGUCGUCAAGGCCGUUGUUCUAAAGGUUGACAAGGAGAAGCGCAAGGUCAAUUUUGGACUUAAGGCUUCAUACCUCAAGAACAUGUCUUCCGACGCCGAGGACAGUGAUGAGGAUGGCGGUAUCGAGCUCGAUAUGGACGACAGCGAUGAGGACGAAGAGAUGGAUGAUUCUGAGAUCGAUCUCUCUAUUGUUAAGGACAUGGAGAGCGAUUCGGAAGAGGACGAUGACGAGUCGGUAGAUGAUAUGGACGUUGACUCGGCUCCAUCUAAGCCUGUGGGCGGUCUCAGCACGUCUGGCUUCGACUGGACCGGUAAUUCUCUGGAGAAAGAGCAGAAGGCCCAGGCGGACCUUUCCGAUGACGACGAAGCGACGUCCAAGAAGAAGAAGAAGAAGAGCAAGAAGCCGACAAUCAAGGAAGACCGCACCGGUGAUCUUGACGUCCACGGCCCGCAGUCCGUUGCCGAUUUUGAGCGUCUUCUCAUGGGAGAUCCGAACAACAGCACCCUGUGGAUGCAGUACAUGGCCUUCCAGAUCGGUCUUAACGAGGUCCAGAAGGCCCGUGAGAUAGGCGAACGUGCACUGAAGACAAUCAACAUCCGCGAGCAGGAGGAGAAGAUGAACAUCUGGACGGCUCUUCUCAACCUCGAGAUUGAGCAGGGCAAUGACGACGCCGUGGACGAGACCUUCAAGCGCGCGUGCGAAUACUGUGACCCGGAAGAGAUGCACAGCAAGCUCAUCACCAUCUACACCAGCACCGGCCGCCUCAGUAAAGCCGACGACCUCUUCCAGCGCAUGACCAAGAUCAAGUCCAUCACCCCCAACCCCUCAUUCUGGCUCAACUACGCAACCUUCUGCAUGACGACCCAAGCGCAGCCCGACCGCGCCCGCGCCCUCCUCUCCCGCGCCACGCAGUCCGUCCCGCCCCACCACCACCGCCACCUCACCGCCAAGUUCGGCGCUCUCGAAUUCACCUCGCCCAACGGCGACCCGGAGCGCGGCCGCACCGUCUUCGAAGGCCUGCUCGCCACCUUCCCCAAGCGCUGGGACCUGUGGGACAUGUUCGUCGACCUCGAGCGCGGCGUCAGCAGCAAGAGCGGCGGCAAGGGCGAGAACAGGGAAGCCGUCCGCGCGCUGUACGAGCGCAUGGCGCAGGCGAAGAUGAAGGCGCGCAGGGCGCGCUUCGUGUUCAAGCGCUGGGCCGAGUGGGAGGAGAAGAAUGGCGAUAGGAAAGGGAGGGAGCGUGUCGAGGCGAUGGCGAGGGAGUAUGCGGAGAGGUUGAGGGAGGGGAAGGGCGACGAGGAGAGCGAUGAGGAGUGA